AGCAGAGGAAAUGGCAGUUUAAUAGCCAAGUGCUGCAGCUUUACGCCAGAGGCAGGAGAGGGGGCAGUUGAUGGGAUGCAGGCAGAUCGGGCUGACAGUUAGAGGUGCAAAGGGACAGCGCUGAGCCUCAUACACAGGGGGGAAGCCACCCCAAGGCAAAGAGGGAUUUGCAACUGCCAAUCAACAGAAACUGCCUGGCUUUGGCUGUGCAGUAAUCCAGGGCCAAUGGUUUAGGGAUCCCCCAGAAGGGGGACAUUUUUGUUUGGGGAGGCUACCAAUAGAAGGCUUUCCAUUGGAGAACCUACAAUUAUAUUUAUAUGAAUAUAUAGAAGUUGGAGGAUUUGGGGGAGGCCCCCCAUUAAUCUCCAGCUAUAGCCGGGGGGGCAGCACUAUCAUGCUCACGCUCAGUGUCCCUCUUGCAAAGUUUCCUGUAUGGCAGUUGCAGUCUGUGCGAGGGUGGGGUGUGCUUAUUUUAAGGAGGAGGGGUGGAGAAAGAGGAGGGAGUGGGGUUAGAUGUAAAGGGGAAGAGAAGUGACAAGGUUUAAAAUAAGAUGCAGUGACAAGGGCAGCAGCAAUCAGGCAGGAGGACACGGUGCUACUCUCAGGAUCCGGAGACAAGGGGGGGAGUGAUUGGGGAGCCCCCUCCCCUUGUCUGCUUGGCUUUACAUUGCUAAUCCCUUGCACUCUCAUAGAGGCUGCUGGUGGCAAGAUCAGCCGGCUGGAUACAGGCAUCAAGCAGGUGAGCACCCCCCUCCCUCCCUCCAUGGUAGCUCCCCAGGGGUGAGAUGUGAAGGCUCAAAUAUCUGCAGAAGAAGACGGGACAUCACCACCCCUCAACUGGAAGAGGGGGGGAUUUUUAUCACUGAUGCCAACGCUCUUACAGGUACGGGGGGGCGGUGGGAUCAACACAUUGUUGGCACCACUGAGAUGCCCGUAAUUCCAUCUCUAUGGAUGUAGAACGGGAGUCCCGAAAUAUCAGCAGCAGCCACCAGGACGACCUCUCACCCAGCUCUGACCUGGAAAGGAGACGUAACUUCCACCUUUCCCUACAUCGUCAGGACUGCCUGAACCUUCUGGAGAUUGCGCUGGUGCUCAAUACCAUGGGAUGCAUUCAGAGUCUGAGCUGCAAACCCAAGGUCCUGAGAGAGUCUAUUGCCGUGCUGGAUCUCAAGGCCUCCAUUGACUCCACUCCCACCACCAUUGACGAGUCAUCCAACGUGGUCCUCAGAUACAGGACACCUCACUUCAGAGCCACAGCCCAAAUUCUAGUGCCUCCCGUUGCCUUGAAGGAGACAUGGAGGAUAGGGUGGAUCCAGGCCUGCAAUCACAUGGAGUUCUACAACUAUUAUGGAGACCUGGGCAAGUCCAGCUGGGAAUUACCUGACCUUGAGUGUGGAAAAAUCACAGCCAUCAGCGAUUCCGAUGGAGUCAACUACCCUUGGUACGGCAACACCACUGAGACUUGUACCGUCACCGGCCCCACCAAACGGGAAUCCAAGUUCACCGUCAGCAUGAAUGAUAACUUCUACCCAAGCGUGACAUGGGCGGUGCCUGUCAAUGAUGGCAACGUGUCAAAGCUGACGGGCAUCCACAGAGACCAAAGCUUUACCACUUGGCUGGUGGCAACAAACAUGGCCACCAAUGACAUUAUUAUCCUUCACACAAUAAAAUGGAGGAUGAGACUUGAAAUUGAGGUCAACCCCAAUAUGCCGUUAGGGCAACGAGCCAAACUAAAGGAGCCCUUUGGGCAGGAGCAACCACAGGUACUCAGCAAAAAUGAACCCAUAGUUCCUAGUGCACUGAUAAAACCCAACGCAAAUGAUGCCCAAGUGCUAAUGUGGAGGCCAAAAAGUAGGCAAGGAGAAGUGGUCAUCCCACCCAGGUGCCGGUAACAGAGACAGAAAGAAAAAAAUUAGCUGCUAAAUCAUAUUUUUUUGCUUUAUUCUAAGCUCGGGUAUCACUGUGUUAUUUUAUAUGUGUGGGGGAGAGGAGCCUUGUCCAAUAAAAGAGAUACAGGAAAUGGAGAACAGUUGAGACCUUCAAGGACAUGGUCCAACAAAUAAGCUUUGUUGACUCUUGUAGGCCAUCUUCAAGGACCUCUAAUGGUGCCCAGGACAUAGGAGAGAAAUCCUACCUACUGAAUGCUCAGUCUUGGGUCUGUCGCAUGAGAGAGACCUCACUGUCCAAAUUUAAGGGCUUUAAACCCUGUGGAGCGGGUCAAGUUACAAAGUCUCACUUGAUGGCUUCCCUCCAUUUUAAGGAGGAAAUCGACAAACUGGAGAUUUGGAAGUUAUUUAUGAUUUUCUUUUUAUCAAAUGUAACUUUUGUCCGAAUCAUGCAUUUUGCAAAAUUGCCAAAAUCUUCUUUAUAGGUUUAUCAUUUUAAAGGGGAAGAAACCCCAAAUAUAAAAUUUUGCAUACUGAAAACAACUUUAAUUCUAAGCAAAGUUCCAGUUUCAAUGAUCUUUCCCUACUGGCCCUGACCAUUGGAAUGAUGUAGCAGUAGCUAGUGCUCCCCCUCAUGGGGCCCCAUGGAGGUCUGUAGUAUGGUUAAGGGGAUGGCAGGUGGUGUGGGUGGAAUGAUGCUUAUAACUACUUUUAUUAUGCAAAAUUUAAUAUUUGGGCUUCCUACCUAAUGAUGAGGUAGUUGCAGCUUUUUUGGAGGAUUGGGGGGGAGAGAUGCAGGUUUUUUUCCCAAUGGGAGAUGAUACUGGAAGUAGUGUCAGAUUCCUAUAUGGCACAUGUAGUAUUUUUGGUUUGGAAGGCGUGUUUUAUUCAAUUAUCUGCAGUGAUCAAACUCAGGGAAAGGUAGCUAAUUGCUUGGCUACUAAGGGUUGAAUAAAAACAUUGCUGGGCAAUGUUUUUUGGUUAUUUUUUUUUACCUCCGUAUGUAUUGAAAUGAAACACUGAAGGCAAGUGGGAUGGUACAGAUAAGGAGACCUAACCCUUUUUUACCCCUUACCUUUGCAUAGGUGGAACCACGCUCCAAUAGAGCUGGAGUAUCUUUAGGGGCCGGCAAAGUAAGAAAAAAGGUAUUUGUCGUUUGCACAGGAUGGAACGAAUAGAAUAGCUCAGAUAAUAGAGGUUAAAUCUGCAAGUAAUCGGCCAUAUCCGCACCGUCUUGCCUCUGGUGGAAUGCGGCGGGACCAGCCUGCUUUGUGGCCUAUAUUUAGGGAUUGGAAGCAGGUCGACAUGCUUAUGAUCACAAUGAUUAAGGGGGUUUCAAAUGUUCUAUGCUUGAUAAGGUUCUCUCAAUGCAGAAUUGUUGACGUCACGGUUGUGCACAAGGUCAACUGGGCCUCCUAAAGCCAACCAGAGAACCUAAUAAUAUCAAGGGCCCAGUCUCAAAAACAAAAUAUGUAGUAAGGGCUAAAUUAUAUUUUAGAAAGGGCUGAUGGAAUUUAUGGUCUAAAAUGGGGCCCACUGGGGGGUUCUCUGGUGCUCCGGCUGUCCAGUCCGACCCUGGUUGUCCAACCUUUGUUGUGUCCAACUGUUGUGGAAAAGCUGACAUUUGCAUAUGUCUACCCACAAUUCCAAGUGACUGUAAGCAACUUCAUUUUAUUUUGUCUGAAUGUUGAGUUUUGAUUGGCCGUGAGCGUGCAAAGAUGUUUUAAAUGAGGUCUCGUUCUUUUAGAAUUUGCAGAAAAGUCCCGUUUUCUUCCUUUCAUCACCUCUGCCAUAAUAGUCAUCUCAGCACUGGGAGAGUGAACCAGCAGCAGACAUAACAGAUUUCAUUAUGUCUCCGUCAGUCUCAUAGAGAUAUGGGCAUGUUUUUACAGGCAAAGGACAUUGGAUGGGAAAUGGUGCGAAUGAUGAUAUGGAAAUCUCUUAAGUCUGAUAUGCCAAAUAAAACAACAAAGCCAAAAAUAAAUAGUCUGAUAGGGUUAUGUCAUAAAACUCACAAAGUUUGCACCAGGUCUAGUAACCUAUAGCAACUAACCAGGCCUUGCAUUUCUAACAGGUGGCCAGAUGAUUGGUUGUCAAGGGGUACUAGUUUGCGUUUGUUAGCCUGCAGGUCAUGUUAUCUCUUUAUAUAACUAAAUGCUUAAAUUGGGCAAGACAAGAUGGGAAGCAUGGCAUUCACCAGCACAAAGUGGAGAAAGGAUCUUGCUUGUGAGUACUUAGAAUAUAAACUAUGUACCUAUCCUGUGAGUAAUUAGAAUAUAAGGAAUGUUCUUGCCUGUGAGUACUUAAGACUAUAAGGAAGGAACUUGCCUGUGAGUACUUAGUCUAUAAGGAAGGAACUUGCCUGUGAGUACUUAGUCUAUAAGGAAGGACCUUGCCUGUGAGUACUUAGUCUAUAAGGAAGGACCUUGCCUGUGAGUACUUAAGACUAUAAGGAAGGAGCUUGCCUGUGAGUACUUAGUCUAUAAGGAAGAACCUUGCCUGUGAGUACUUAGUCUAUAAGGAAGGACCUUGCCUGUGAGUACUUAGUCUAUAAGGAAGGACCUUGCCUGUGAGUACUUAGUCUAUAAGGAAGAACCUUGCCUGUGAGUACGUAGUCUAUAUGGAAGGACCUUGCCUGUGAGUACUUAGUCUAUAAGGAAGAACCUUGCCUGUGAGUACUUAGUCUACAAGGAAGGACCUUGCCUGUGAGUACUUAGUCUAUAAGGAAGGACCUUGCCUGUGAGUACUUAGUCUAUAAGGAAGGACCUUGCCUGUGAGUACUUAGUCUAUAAGGAAGAACCUUGCCUGUGAGUACUUAGUCUAUAAGGAAGGACCUUGCCUGUGAGUACUUAGUCUAUAAGGAAGGACCUUGCCUGUGAGUACUUAGUCUAUAAGGAAGAACCUUGCCUGUGAGUACUUAGUCUAUAAGGAAGGAACUUGCCUGUGAGUACUUAGUCUAUAUGGAAGGACCUUGCCUGUGAGUACUUAGUCUAUAAGGAAGGACCUUGCCUGUGAGUACUUAGUCUAUAAGGAAGGAACUUGCCUGUGAGUACUUAGUCUAUAAGGAAGGAA